GAAGGAGGGGAGCGGAGUGGGCGAGGGGAGUGACUGCUGAUGCUCUGGCUGUAAUCUGCAGAGCAUGAGUCAGUGCUGUGGAGAGCUGAGCCAUAAACAGAAGCAUCUGCAACGCAGGCAGACACGUUUCUCUCGCAAGAGCAUCAACAGUGCAGUGGAGCAGGAUGGGAAGGCUGAGCUGCUGAGCAAGAAGAGGAAGUCAGACUGCCAUACAAAAAAUACGUUUGUCGAACAAGAGCCUCUUUGAAUCUGCAGUUAAAGGCUUGUUUUAAACUUCAGUGUUGACUCAUCCAGAGAAAAGAGAAGUUUACAAAUCUUCUCUUAGACGUUGAGUUAGUGCUACCCAGAUGUCCUGGUUGUCUCCAGUCCAGUGGGCCAAGUGGACGUGGUCAGCAGUGACUGGAGGUGCAGGAGACAAUGGACAACAUAAAGGAAGGGAUGACAGAGAAAACAAUUCGGACUCUGAGGGGACCUUCGAGACUCCAGAAGCCGAGUCUCCUGUUGUUGUGAACCUACUGGGCCAACUGGACAACUUGAAUAACACAGAUUCUACUGAUGAUUCAAGUCACAUUCAGGAUAGAUGCAACGACUUCCCCUCGGCUCCAUCCCAGCAGGUUGACUCCCUGAACAACUUUACCAGCUCCACAGCCAAUAAUAGGAGCUCUGGUUUGGAUCAAACCCUCAAUUUGACUUUAGGCUCCAAAGCUGUUUCCAGAGAAGGUCUGUCUCUAUCCAACCAUCUUCCCCAGACUGCAGCUCUCCGACCACCAUCACUUCCUGGACUCUCACCGCUAAACAAACCUGAUCCUUCAGAGGUGGACGAUGAGGCCCCUGUGACUUCAGACUCUAGCCCAGACACCAUCAGCCGUGACGAUUGUUCCGACUUGCUGAAUGGCAACGUGAGCUCAGACACUGUGCUGUCAAACACUAAACUGGCCUCUAACUCCAUCAUCACGAACUCCUGCAAACUAAAGCAAAACUGGCAGGACGAUUUAAAUGGACAGGAUGACCCUCAUGGGGGCCAUGCAACAGAUGAGGAAAAACUGGCGGGCACUGCUGGGAGCAAGUCAGAAAAGGAGCAAAACGUCCUGGAAUGCAAUUUGACAUCAAAACCAGAUGAUCCGGACUGCUGCUCUGUGUAUGAAGACAUGUGUAAACUGAAGAGCUCAUCAGAGGGAACUGGGAUGCAGAAAACGGGAAGUCAGGUCCUGGAUUCCAUCUGCAUCAGUGAGGCAGAAAAAGAGGCGGUUCUCACCCUUAUCAGAGAGGAGAUCAUCACAAAGGAGAUUGAAACUAAUGACUGGAAGAAAAAGUACGAGCAGUGCAAAGAAGAAGUGGAUGAGAUGAGGAAGAUUGUCGCAGAAUAUGAGAAGACGAUAGCUCAGAUGAUUGAGGACAAGCAGCGCAACACUGUAAACUUCCAGAAGGCUUUGCAUGCGGUGACUGUGGAGAAGGAGGCUGCCAUGGCAGACCUGAACUCGGUGGAGCGUUCACUCUCAGACAUCUUUCGCCGCUAUGAAAACAUGAAAAGCACCCUCGAGGGCUUUAAAAAGAAUGAAGAAGUGUUGAAGAAGUGUGCUCAGGACUACCUGGCUAGAGUCAAGCAGGAGGAGCAGAGAUAUCAGACACUAAAGCUGCACGCAGAGGAGAAACUAGACAACGCCAAUGAGGAGAUUGCUCAGGUGCGUACCAAGGCAAGCUCAGAAACAAUGGCGCUGACCGCAAGCCUGAGGAAGGAGCAGAUGAGGAACGAGUCUCUGGAACAAGCUCUGCAGCAGAAGAAUCAAGAAAUGGAGGAGCUCACAAAGAUCUGUGAUGAGCUGAUUGCCAAAAUGGGAAAAAUAGACUAAGAGUGGGUUGUGGGUAAUUUGUUUGCAUCAGCCCUGCAGAGAUUCACUGUGCAUGCCUCGAACCAAGAAGCAGCUUCCGUACUGUACCCUGUGCCUCCCCUGCACCUCAGAUAAUGCUUAUGUACUGUUGUCCAAAAUAACCUCCUGUAGUCUGCAUAUGCACUACUUGUGACCAGAACCUUUAAGGCUCUUUGCAUAUUAAUCACAUGAGAUAACUUUGUUUGCGUUUUGCACCUUUUUAUAGGGGUAACUAUAGCUUUUGGGCUUUUCCAUCAUGCCAGUGAACAACAGCUCUAUUCCCACAAGCUUAAGAGCUAAAGUCCUAACAACUCCGCCUCCAGGACGACAUCAGAUUUAAUUAAUGCCCAGGUUUGCUUCAAAAAUGCACUUAACCUUGUCCUUAAAUGAGCUUUAGAAAGAUUUAAUAUAGAAGAAUUAAUGAUUAAAAUAUAUUUUUAUACCAACUUCACAUUUUAUAUUGAUCCUUAAAGUUGUGGACCGUCCACCUUAACUGACUGACAGGGCAAAGAUGGCACUAAUCAGACAAGCAGCCAAGAAGCCCAUGGUCACACUGGAGGAGCUGCAGAGGUCCAAACCUCAGAUUGGAGGAUCUGUCAACAGGACUAUUAGUCAUGCACUCCACAAAUCUGGCUUUUUAUAGUACUGAUGCAAGAAGAAAUCCUGUCCUGUUUGCAGUUUGGGGACACACACAAAAAAAAAAAACGGACACACAGAAAAACCUUGCAGGAAGGCGGUCUGGUCAGAUGGCCUACAUGCAAAAUGCUGUGUGUGGAGGAAAGCAAACACUCUCAGCCCUCCAUCCCCACUGCUGACACAUGGUGUUGGCUGCAUCAUGCUGUGGGCAUGCUUCAACAAGCUACAAAAAAUUUUGUGCAUUUGCCUUCAGACUGGUCAUUUCUCAUAAGGGCCCAAAAAUAAACGUCUAUAAAUUAAGAAAAAAACUUUGACAAUUCAUCCCUUCCUGCAACUGUUCAUUUUGUGUAAUUGUUCAGUCAAAUCCACAAAACCAAACCCGUACUAUUGGUUUACUUAAGUUAGAAAUCCUGAACAACUGUGCUAUUUUUUGAAUGGUAUCAAACAAUUACCAUUCAAACAAUUAGCAGAUGCUGCUGUUUUAAUAUCACUCUUAUUACAUUCUGCUUCUUACUAAACCUUGAGGAGUAACCUAAUGGCUUUGUGAGAGCUUUAGCCUGCUGAUCAUGUGUAAUUGUUGUCUGAACCCUCACACAAGUUUUACAGUUUAUAGGUUUAAUUUUUCACUGUUUCGCAUUUUUUUCAGAGAUGGUUUCCUUUAACUCACCAAUAAGCACAAUCAGCACAGGGCUGUAAUGCUUAACUAUAACUGAGGUUUUUUGCUGGUUAUUACAAAAUUCAAUUAAUUUUACAACUUGUGUCAAAAUUACAUGUGCGUUUGGUACUUACUUGCAUUUUUCUACAUGAGAAAUAUUCUGUCUGGGAAACAUUUAAUACAACCUAAUCAUCCUGUCGUAAUGCAGGGAGAAAAUGUUCAGAAUUUUCUAAAUCACCAAGAGCAGACUGAGCAUUGAAAAAAUAUUUAGGCUCGUUCUUUGGUUAUUUAAGGCCUCUUAAGUUAAAUAUUCACCAUAAAUUUGUGAUGGCAGUAAAGUUCACCAACAUCACAAACACAGAUGUAUUCGAGUGUAUAUUUGUGCCAACCUGUUGUCAUGUUACUAAACUAUUUUGUUUUGUCAUAUUUUUUGUCUAUAGAUAUUGCUUGAAUAUUAUAUAUUUGUAGUUCAUAAAUGACAAUCUCACAUCUGUGUUGAAUCAGUGUGAAUAAUGUGUACAAUCUCCUGAAUAAACAUUCAUAUAGUUUGUUCUAAUA